AUGUCCCAGAUAAGACCAGAACCAAAAAUAGAUGUGCCUGAAGGAGAUUACAAAAAAGGAGCCAAGCUUUUUAAAGCAAAAUGUGCUCAAUGUCAUACGAUUAAUAAAGGUGGAGCCGUUAAACAAGGUCCAAAUUUACAUGGAUUUUAUGGAAGAAAAUCUGGAGAGUCUGAUUUCCCAUUUUCUGAUGCAAAUAAGAAUUCAGGUAUUAUUUGGUCAGAUAAGCAUUUAUACGAAUAUUUACUGAACCCGAAGUUAUACAUCCCUGGAACGAAAAUGAUUUUUGCGGGUAUCAAGAAGGAAAAGGAAAGGGCAGAUUUGAUUGAAUAUUUAAAGAAGGCUUCGUCAGAGUGA